AUGCAACCUUGUAGCAGAGAAAUGCAAUCCCUUAACUCUCUUUUCAACUCUUCUUCUCCUCCUCCUCAAAUUCCAAUUCCUCUCCACAACCACACACAGAUCCAAAUCAACAACGACGACACAUUCCAACAACAAGACGAUUUUCUCAAACAAAUGCUCUCCGAUCUUCCUCCUUCCUCUCCCUGGAACAACCCUAAACCCUUAUGGGACCCUAACUCCGACGAUAAUGUCACUUUCCCUUACGAUGAACAAACCAACCUUUCCUCCAAGUUUCGUAACCACCAGAUCACUGACAAAACCGCCGCCGCUCUCAUGCUUCUCAUUCCUUCUGCCGCCGAUUCCGGACUCCUCCACAUCCCCGCUGACUUUGACUCCUCUCAAAACGACGUCGUGAACGCUUCUUCCCUUUUACAGGCUGGUGACGGUUCCGUUCAAGCUCUCUAUAACGGUUUCUCCGGAUCUCUCCACGGUGUCGCCAAUCAAGCUCACCAUUUUCAACCUCCUCAGGUGCAAAGUUUUGGAAGUGGUUCAGUGAGUGCAACGAACCAGGCUCUGGUGGGUGGUGCUCCGGCUCAGCCUAGGCAGAAGGUUAGGGCUAGGAGAGGCCAGGCCACUGAUCCGCACAGCAUCGCCGAAAGGUUAAGGAGGGAAAGAAUUGCUGAAAGAAUGAAAGCAUUGCAGGAGCUUGUUCCAAAUGCCAAUAAGACAGAUAAGGCCUCCAUGCUGGAUGAGAUAAUCGAUUAUGUCAAGUUCCUACAAGUUCAAGUCAAGGUUUUGAGUAUGAGUAGAUUAGGCGGAGCAGCAGCCGUCGCUCCCCUUGUUGCUGAUAUGUCCUCUGAGGGUGUUAGUGACUGCGUCCAAGGUAACGGAAACGGCGGGGUCCACCCUAGAAACCCUAAAACGUCGUCGUCCAAUGAGAGUCUCACAAUGACGGAGCAUCAGGUGGCGAAGCUCAUGGAGGAAGACAUGGGAUCCGCCAUGCAAUACUUACAAGGGAAAGGUCUCUGCCUCAUGCCUAUUUCUCUCGCCACUGCAAUCUCCACCGCCACGUGUCACAACAGGAAUCCUUUGAUUAACGCUCCCAAUAAUAUCAACCCUAUCACCGCAUCCAACGGCGAUGGGCCAUCCUCUCCCGGAAUGUCCGUGAACAGCACCGUCAAAGAUGCUAUCUCCGCUUCUAAGUCGUAG